GUCUUUAGCGGUAGCUUACGUUGUGAAGCUCAUGUAUUUUUCAGGAAGCUCGUUGAUGUGGAAGUUGCCGUCUCAGCUGAUGGUCGAUUGGUGAAGAAAAGCGCUUCGAACGGGUCCGCUCCUGUGCACAAUACGGAUAGUUUUGAAGAUGACGAGAAAGUAUCAGCACAAGACCUCAUUGAUUUCACUCCUGUACAUAGGUGCUGCCAAAUUUUCAACGUGCUUGGCGCAAAAGAAGAGUUUGAUGUGUUCUACCGUCAACAAAGAAAAGAUCAGUGUGAUUUAGUGAUCGAACCUCCCGCAAAGAUGAACUCUUUGAAACAUUAUGUGGACUACCUGGACGAAAUAAUUGGAUUCUUCGUCGUCGAAGAUCACAUUAUCAUAACCGAGCCCACUCUAGCCACAUCUUCUCAUAAGGAUCAGCUUUGGGAAAAUGCAUUGAAGACGAUAGUGCACACAAUGAAUACGCGUUUCGGUGGUUGUCCCGAUGUUGAGAUGAUGCUGCGAAUGAAGAAGGUUAUACUCCUUUUUGCGCUGACUAUGAAGUCGUAUGGAUAUGGAAUUGCUCCGCUGUACUCUCUCCUCCAAAACUUCAGAGAUCAGUAUAACGAAAUUCUAAUGAGUGAAUAUUGUGCACAAUUUGAGAGAGACCUUGAUAAAGACAAUUACACGCCAAUAGUUGUGGAAAACGAGGAGCAGUUCAAAGCUGUUAUCAAAGAAUUUCCGUUCUACAAAAGGAGCAUGGAGCAGGAGCCGUUUCCACGUAAAUUCCCUUACUCCCGCUUUGUAGUAUCCGCUUACUCAAAAGCGAAACUAUACCUCCAAGGUUGCCUGAAGUUUAUGGAACAUCUGCAGCUCACGAAUUCGGAAAUGGAUGACACUGUCAGAAGGUACCACUCUUGCCUUUUUCGCUUUUUUUGGUUUUCCACUUACGAGUUGCAGGUAUGCGAAUGUGUUAUUAUCUCGUUGGUCCGGUAGUU